UACAGUUGUGUUGAACUAAUCAUGUUUUGUUUUCAAAACAAUAUAGAAUAAUUGUUGAUUUUACUAGUAUGAUGAACAAAUAAGUAUAUUUUUGAAACAACAAUUAUACACUUUGUUCUGAAUAUAAAGUUUGUUUAUUUCAAUCAAUAACAUUGUAGAUUCGAAUAAUUUUAUUUUUCAGUGUGUAAAAGAAAAACGGAACAGUAAGUGCACCGCCAGCAUCGCCAUUUUGUUUACUGUCGUAAAACGUUUUCAUUAUCACUGCAAAAUGUCCGGGUCGGAUAAUUCACUUAUCGAGGAAUUAGAUGUUGAGAAAAUUUCUGUUGAGGAAGUGCGUCUUAUUGAAUUGCUCAAUAGCUUCGGACUAUCUGAGUCUAUUAUUGAAAGUUUUCUCGUCAAUGGCUACACUACUGAAACGCUCAAGAUAAUUCAGCGCAAGGAGAUUGAAGAAUUGAUUCCUCCUCCAUCCCUCGCAGAAAGAACCAAGUUUAUACAUCAUUUGGAUGCCUGGAGAGUAGCUCAGGGACUACCAAAAGUUGCCGAAUUGUCAACAGAAAGCGUUUCAUCCGCUAUACAAAGCACCAGUUCCGGUUCUACAACAAAGUCAUCCGGGAAAAAUCUGAUCACCCGUGAUUCGUGCACAGCCGCUUUUUUAUUGAACAACUCAUCGAAAGGACAAUCGAUUAUUGAGAACUAUAAAAAAGUUCAAUUUCUUUCCCGGUCUGAUAAAAAAAGCAUCACGCAUAUCGUCAUCGACGAGUUCAAGAACAGAUUCUCGAAACUGACAUCGUUAGAGUUGAUGGAAAAGGCCAAGGAGCUGAAACACAUUUUUCCGGGUGAGCCACAGGAAACAUGGUAUCAACCAACAUUCGUGACAGACAGCUCGGGAAGGAGGAAACGCAUUAACAAACAAGCAAAAGGUCGCUUAUAUGACAGGAACGUCAACUACAAGGAGGUGGACCAUCACAUUUCUCAGCAAGUAAUAGGUACAUCUGAACCUUCCACCGAAAAGGAUUCGGACGCUUCCAGUACAAACGUCGAACUGCCGGUCCGUGAUUCGUUUGAAAGCUUCAUACCGACGUUCCGCGUGCUCGCGACCGGCACAGUGGCACAUCGGAUAUUGGGUGGCAACAAGCGGGGGCGGACCCACCGGGCCUUGCUGAACCCUCACCUCCAUAGCUUUGGCCACUGCUCUCCGGGGCGUGUGACGGGUGUUUUCAAACCAAUGCUUCACAUACGAAAUCACCGAGGAUAUCAACUUGUUCAAAUCGAUUUUGCACAGAAGUUUUCGGGAAAAGAUGAUGUUCUAUUCGAACGCUGGAUAGGAUUUUCCAAAGUCGUGGAACAAAUUUUGCAACUUGAAGUGGCAGACGUCAAUGGGAGAGCGCUCCUCGCAUGCUUGGAUGCGGGUGAAGUUACCGAGGAUGCUCGGAACUAUGUGAUUGUUGCUCUUCUCGCCCACAUACUGCCUCGUGCACACAUUAAGUGUCCGGGUAAGAAACGGUGGAAGCCCUCCAACAGUGAAGCGCAGGAAGGUGUAGUGCUCCAUGUGCAGCAGCUAUCCGACCUAGAAUCAACUCUUGCUCGUCUGUUCAAAGGAUUUCGUGACAGAGGAAUUUCUUCUGCUCCUUUCAUCGUCAUUCACGGUGAAGAUUGGAAGAACCCGACCAGUUUCACUGUCUGGAAUAAUGUGGUGUCUUACAAGCUGCCAAGUUUUCUGAAAGCUUUGGACAUAUGCAUCAAGAUCUACAAGACUUACAGUAUCGAUUAUCCACCGCAGUCAGCUAUCAUUUGGAAGCUGCUGCCCACGUACUUAUUUGAAAUCGACGAAUCUGAGCAGAACCCUACUGUUGAAUCUUUGUGCUCAACAAUACGCCAAAAAUUAUCAUCAGAAUGAUUCGCUGCAUCGUUAAUAAAUGUUUUUGGAAAGCAACCUCGAUCAACAGCUUGUACGAACAUUUAAAUAGAGUGCACAGUUCGAUAUCAUUAUAUGUUUGUAACUACGAGGGCUGUUCCAGAAACUUUAGCGUUCGAGCAUCAUUUUUCCGUCAUUUUAAAAAACAUUAU